UAAUUAUACGCUUUCUGUUUCUCUCCGUGCCGUCCUCUCCCGCUGUGAGCCUACCCGCCUCUCGCUGUCCUCUCUUCUUCUCUCCCUCUCUGUGGUCCCCCCCGUUUCACAUUCACUCUAUCUCUCUCACUAUCUCUGCCCCCCCACUAUCCUUGAUACAACAGCUGACCUCAUUUCCCGAUACCUUUCCCCUCCCGAAAGUAUAAUAUCUAGCCCGCCCCAGCCCUAAGACACCCCAUCCUCCCUAAAGAAGCAGAAGAGACGUCCCCCCCCCACCAAAAAGCCAUCUCCCCGUUCUGUCCCGUCGCACAUUCGGCCUCUGCGACUCGGUCAGAGCGGCGCUGGCAGAGGAGUGCCCGGCAGAAGGGCCUUCGCCCGCUGUUUGGUUUGCAUACUCGCAGCAGGGAGAUGGGCAGCAGCGUCGCCGGCUUCCAGAUACCAAUGGGGAUCCCAAUGGGGAAGUCGAUGUUGGUGCUUCUCAUCUCUUUGGCCUUCGCCUCGUGCUGCAUUGCUGCUUACCGCCCCAGCGAGACCCUGUGCGGUGGGGAGCUUGUUGACACGCUUCAGUUUGUCUGUUCGGACCGCGGCUUUUACUUCAGCAGGCCUUCAAGCCGUGCCAACCGUCGCAGCCGUGGCAUCGUGGAGGAGUGCUGCUUCCGCAGCUGCGACCUGGCCCUCCUGGAGACAUACUGUGCCACCCCCGCCAAGUCCGAGAGGGACGUGUCGACCUCUCCGACCGUGCUUCCGGACGACUUCCCCAGAUACCCCGUGGGCAAGUUUUUCCAAUACGACACCUGGAGACAGUCCGUCCAGCGCCUGCGCAGAGGCCUGCCUGCCCUCCUGCGUGCCCGCCGGGGUCGCAUGCUCGCCAGAGAGCUCCAAGCCUUCAGAGAGGCCAAACGUCACCGCCCCCUGAUCGCCUUACCACCCAUCGAUCCCGCCCACGGGGGAGCCUCUUCGGAGAUGUCCAGCAAUCAUCAGUGAACCAAAUUGUUUGGUAAUUCUGCAAUGUAGUACCAUCACUCUGUGACCUCCUCUUGAGCAAGGGACAGUACCAUCACGUCUCACACUAAGAUCUCUCUGCUCCAUUUCCUUCCCUAGGCUUCUCCCCACCUACCCCCAUGCCCCGCCUCCCCACAUCAGGCUACUCCCCCUGCCCCACACCAUCGGGCAGCUCUUCAAAACCAAAACCAAAUUGAUUGGCUCUAAACAAUCCAAGUGACCCCCCCAAAAAUUAUUCUUAAAUUCUUAAAAAAAAAACCCCAAAAAACUUUAAAACAUUCAGUCCCCUUUAAAACAAAUUGGAUUUUUAGAAACACCAGAACUGUUCAUUUAAAAAUUAAAUAACAAAAAAAAAAUCAAUUGGCUAAAAACAUACUAAAAAUUAAUUGGCUUAGAAACAAUUGGCAAAAUAAACUAAUUUGGCGCCCCGCCCCCUUCCUCUUCAUCCCAUUUGGAUCUUUAGUCAAAUUGGCUUAGACUUGGAUCUCAGAACCCAAGAAGAAAGGAAGGGGACCCAAAAUUUUGCAGGUGGCAUGUCAUUGCUUCAGUACCCUCUCCUUAUCACCACUCACAUAGGGUGCUUUUAUUGUAAGCUGGCUGAGAACAACAGCAGCCACCCAAACUCUUUCUUCACUGGCCAUUCCAUCACAAAUGCCACCAUGUCACCAUGGGGCUGAGUGAAAUAACCCAAGGAUAGGAAUAGAACAUCAAAACUGGAAACAAAACUUAAUUGGCACAAGCCCCCAAAUCCCAAAAUUCUCACUUUUCUGUACCUACCUAAAAAAAAGCACAUUUAUACACAUCCCUACAGACUCACAGACACGCACACACACACAAACACACACAAGUAUGCGCCAUAUAUGCACGCACAUACACUACACUUACACACUCACCUCACGCAUUCAUACAUGUAUGUAUAUCCCUAACAAUUGGACAAGAACAUUGAAAUGGCUGAAUAGCUACUAUUAAAAUCAUAUUGCAAACCAAGAUUCACCCCAAAUUCCCUGAGCAGUUUGCAUUGUUUGAGCUCCCCCCCCCCCAGUCCAUCUAGUUUCUGCUGCUGCUUGUGGGCCCUGUGUAUGAUCAGGCUGUAAGUUCUAUCUUUCCUAGGAAGGGAGGUGUUCCUACAAGGCUCACUUCCAUCUGGGCACCUACAGCAUGAGCCCAGUGCUCCUCAGCCCACCAUGUGGGCCAAUGCGUAUCUGUGUUGUGCGUUGGCCUCCCCCAGUGUAGAAUAAGUUUGGCCAGAUAAGGAGAUGGUACUGCUGAGUAAGACAUGCUGCCCGAGUAGUCUGACACCUGGGUGUGUUUCUAGGAGGAAAGAUCUGGGGGAUACCCCCUACCCUGAACACACCUAUGGGCCAUCUGUGUCAGUCUCCUGGGGAGCCCCUACUUGUUAGGGGCUCCCCAGGAGACUCACACUGAUGGUGGGGAGUGUGGGAAGUCUGGCGGUUGGAGGGGUGGGUGGGGGGCAGUGGGGGCUGGGUGGGGGGAGCUAUGGGUAGGAAGUGGUCCCAGAGAGGUUUUGGAUGGAAGAAUCAGGAGGAGGCACAGGUCAACUUGCAGAAUUACAGAAGAAUUAGGAGCCCAAAUUUUACGCCAAUUGAUCUAUUCCCCUCUUUUUUGUUUCUUGGGGCGUCUUUCCUUUUUUUUUUUUAUCCCUCCCUAGCUUUUUAAGCGCAUAUAAUCAAUUGUACCCACUCCCUAAGUAACAGGGGAGCAGUGACCAAGUAAUGAAUGUGCAUUGAGUCAUCAUCGCCACUAUUACCAUCAUGUCCUGCUCUCCGCCAUUUAUCACCCUUAUUGAUUUUUGUUUUUAAUCUGUCUCUGUCGCUUGGCCUGAGUUGGGAGUGGAGUCUCUGUGGGGUGCUGGCCACGCACCCACAGAGAAAUAAAAGGAAUUGAGAAGGCCGCUGCCUGGCCUGGCUUCUGAGGACAGUGGCUGGUCCCCAGGAGUUCUGAGGAGUGGAGGGGGCGUGGGACAGUGUCCCCUCAGGUGUUAGGAAGGUGCUCGGAGGCCACAAAGAUGGGGCCCCCAUCUGGCCACUGCCAUUUGGGGGGGAAGGGAAUGUAGAAGUAGACAGGUUCCAUCAGGCUGGAGCAAGUGGCUGCCUUCUGAGUACUUGGGGAGUCCUCCCCUCGGCCCUUAGUGUCAUCUUGCCCACUUCUCAGCACCCCACCUUGUCCCCAGGAGGUCUGGAGCUCUACAGACCUCCUGUGGGCAGGGUGGGGUGAGGCCUGGAGUUGGGGAAGCUAGGAGGCUUAAAGCCUGCAGAGCCAGGAGAGCUGUGUACACGGGGUCACCUGGACCCCGAGGCCCGAGGGUCUGGCAAGCCGUUGCAGCCACCCCACGGUGCCUAGGACUGUGGCAGGGACCAGGGCGGCUGGAGGUUUACCUCACCCCCACUUCUGCCUCCAGUGCAGUCCCCCUGCCCAACAGUCCACUAGCAGUCUAGAGGCCUGAGGCUUCUGGGCCCAGGUGACAGGACUGGCACCACCCUUGGGGGCGGUGUGUGUCAGCCCGACCAUGGCAUAGAGGGUUCCUCUGCAAGUGCCUGAAGAAUGGGCCAUUUGGAACAUUGGACAGAAACUAAAAGAGUAAAUUGUUACAAUUGGAGAGUGUGAAUUGGCCUGAUACCCAAAAGAUCUCGAGGCACCCUAAAUUACCUGCCCAUUCGGCUGGAAUCCACCCACCCAGUGUUAAUUUGCCUCGACAGGAUGGGUGCUUUCAGAGGCAUUUGCCGACCACCCUCUGUGUCCCCAAAUUUACAGUUCUCCCCAAUAGAUCACCUUGAUGCAGGCACCUCCCUGACCUCCCGUGCCUAGUGUGGCCCUCCAUCUUGUUUCUUCCUAUUGUCUUCGGCGGGGUCCCCUCUUGGGUCCCUCCCUUUGUCAUCACACGAAGACUCCCCACGCGUCGAAUGCCAUAUGUCACCUGUGUCACUGUCUGUGUCAUCUUAGCAGUGCCCGGGGUGUUUGCCUCAACUCAGUCCCUUUAACAUGCUGUUUCUGGCAAAAUCCAGUGCUUGGGUUUUGUUUUUAACCUGUUAUCGCUUGCAAACUUAAUAAAGCAUUUAAAAUUCUA